AUCAUCAUCCGCAAACACACUUUCCUACCUAUCCACCUUCGCUUUCCUCAGGCCGACACUCGCUAUAGUGCCAUCUUCAGACAAUCUAUAAUACUUAAUCUCAACCCAACCCAACUUCUACAUAAUAUAAUCAAAGAACCGACAAAGCGAAACUGACAAGAUGCGUUAUUCUUUCAUCGCCGGUGCCAUCAUCGGGUCGACCUUUGCCAGUCCCGUCGCUCAAUAUGGCUAUUACCCUGCAGUCACGCCUUCCGGCUACUCUGCAUCAUCGACUCCCGUAGUCAGCCCACCUUACCCGACCAGCACGCAGACACCAAGCUCUUACGCGGCGUCAACUCCAGCGUCAAGCUCAGCACCAGUUAGCUCUUCAGCCUACAAUGCUUCACCUCCAAGCUCAAGCGUUGUGGUUCUCUCCUCAUCCAGCACACCAUGCAGCAGCUCGACAGAGUACUCCCACGGACCCUCCUCUUCCGUGCCUCACCCGAUGGCGUCCUCUUCCGUACCUUACCCAGUGGCGUCCUCUUCAGUGCCUUACCCAGUAGCAUCCUCUUCCGUACCUAACCCGGUGGCAUCUUCUUCGAUGCCCCAGGGUACUGGAUACCUUCCAGUGAAGCCUUCCUCCACCCUGCCCCACGGCUACCUUCCAGUACAGCCUUCCUCCACGAUGCCCUACGGCACUGGCUAUAUUCCAGUCAAGCCUACAUCUACGACGCCCGCGGCGCCUGGAACUACUGAGUACCCUCACUCUGAUGUUACUACUACCUACGUAACCACCGUGACAGGUUUCGUUCCUUGCAGCACUUCUGUUGGACAGAACGAGCAUUCGGUCCCGGUUUACUCAACCUACUUGACGGCAAGCUACACAACCGUAACUCUUACAUCGACCAUCCAUGGAUGCGGAGACAAGUGUCCCACGCCUACUCCCCAGGUACCAAAGCCAACCACCGUUGUGCCUGUCCAUACCGAUGUGACUCCUGCCCCUGGCCACCCUUACCCAGCUGAGACCAAGUCGGUCUACCCAGACAAUGUGCCCCACCCCGCUGAGUCCUCCAAGCCCCAGCCUUCCGCUGUUUCUGGGUGCCCGGCUCCUCAAACCGUCACCAAGACUGAGGUUUACACCGUAACCGUCGGCAAUGGCUACACUCCUGUUCCCACAGGCCCGGUCACCACCAUCGUCGUCACUGAGGCUGGACAUCCCCAGACAUACACGGUCACUCUCCCAGGGCCCAAGCCCACCACCACCGCUGAGGGACCCAAGCCCUCCGCUUCUUCCACCAAGACUAAUUCCCACGGAGCGCAACCGCCAUACCCUACCUCCAAGCCUCACCAGUCCGCUACCCCAUCUGCCGGUACUUCCAUGAGCUACGAGACCUCAUCUGCUCCCUACCCUACUGUCAAGCCUUCAUCUGGAACCUCGAUGAGCUAUGCGACCUCGUCCGCCCCGUACCCAGUCCACACCCCUAGCUCCUCGUCAACCCCUAUCCCAUCAUCUACCAGUGUGAAGCCCACUUACGUCAAGCCCACGGAAACCAAGUCAUACCCUGCGAGCACUCCUUCAUCUUCCGCUUCGCCGACUCCCCAGCCCAGCGGUUACGGAGCCGCUUACCCAGGCGGCUACGGCGGAUACGGAAACUACUAAAUGUAGUCGAUGAUCAAGUCGAGACGAUUUCCUUCAUUUCCGAGCAACGAUUUUAGGGUGCACAGGUGUUUGUUACAGUAACUGCGGUAGCUGUAGCCCCUCUUUUAGCAGGGAAUUCACUCCUUCACCUAGAUAGCCACGGCGUUUUUGUGAUUCACGGUCAUGUCUGACAAGCCCUCUAAUGCUUAGAUGUUUAUAUUCGGUUCAUAGCAUAUAGAUCUUACGAUGGACAUUUGAAUUUAACUGGAAAACUAUAAAAUAUCUAACUUUCGUCCCUCCUUCAAUUUCUCUUCAUCAACUAUCCUCCAUGCCAACCGUGACGUACUUCAUCUGUCGU